AUGUCAUCAACAUCAUUACCACAAGAAACUCCAAGUAAAGUCUUAGCUGGAAACCUUUCAGGUCUUGACAUGUCAACCACUCAAGGUAAAUCAUUGACUGAUAAAUUAGCUGCUGAAGCAUUGGCCAAAGACGAAGCUCAAACCAUACACGAAACCAAAAACGUUUUGAAGAUGGACGUGAACAAACCAGUAACUGAAGAAGAAACUAAAGAAUACGAAAAAGAACUCGAAGCCAUGAAUGCUGAACACGAACGUUUCAUGAGCUCACAUAAAGUGCACAGACAUGAAUUGAAAGGAUUGGAAGCCGAAGAACCACUCUUGAAAGAAAACAAACGUCGUUUUGUUAUGUUCCCCAUCAGAUACCAUGAGAUUUGGCAAAUGUACAAAAAGGCUGAAGCUUCAUUCUGGACCGCUGAAGAAAUUGACUUGGGAAAAGAUCUCCAUGAUUGGAGAGAGAAAUUGAAUGAUAACGAACGUUAUUUCAUUUCUAGAAUCUUGGCCUUUUUUGCUGCUUCCGAUGGUAUUGUUAAUGAAAACUUGGUGGAGAAUUUCUCUGCAGAAGUGCAAAUCCCAGAAGCUAAAUCAUUCUAUGGUUUCCAAAUCAUGAUGGAAAACAUCCAUUCGGAAACUUACUCCUUAUUGAUUGAAACUUAUAUCAAGGAUCCAAAGGAGGCUGACUUCUUAUUCAAUGCCAUUGAAACCAUCCCACAAAUUAAAAAGAAGGCUGACUGGGCCAUCAGAUGGAUUCAAGAUUCCGAUGCAUUGUUUGCUGAGAGAUUAGUGGCUUUUGCUGCUGUUGAAGGUAUCUUUUUCAGUGGAUCAUUUGCAUCUAUUUUCUGGUUGAAAAAGAGAGGUUUGAUGCCAGGAUUGACCUUCUCCAACGAAUUGAUUUGCCGUGAUGAAGGUUUGCACACUGAUUUUGCAUGUUUAUUAUUUGCUCAUUUACAACACAGACCCGACCCCAAAAUUGUCGAAAGAAUCAUUACUGAAGCUGUUGAAAUUGAAAAGGAAUUUUUCACUGAUGCUUUGCCAGUUAGUUUGUUGGGUAUGAAUUGUAAAUUGAUGUGUCAAUACGUUGAGUUUGUUGCUGAUAGAUUGUUGGUUGCUUUGGGUAAUAAAAAAGUUUACAAUGUCACUAAUCCAUUUGAUUUUAUGGAAAAUAUCUCCUUGGCUGGUAAGACCAAUUUCUUUGAAAAGAGAGUGUCUGAUUAUCAAAAGGCAGGUGUUAUGGCCAAGAGUGAAAACAAGGAUGCCAACGCUUUUGCAUUUGAUGAAGAUUUCUAA